UUGCGGUAUUAGCCCAGAAGAGUUUUUGAGGUCUGGAUGGUGGCUCGUGCGUUACCGGAACGAGCGAACGAGGCGUUGCGUGUGCAUCUCCAGUCUCUGUGGGGGUCCAUGAGAUGGCCGCAGAUGAUAAGCCAUCUCCAACGCUGGAUUCGAUGAGCGAGGUGCCCUCCUCCCCCGGUAGUCCUUCCCACCUUACACACUUCAAGCCUUUGACUCCCGACCAAGACGAGACGGCUUUUAAAUCUGCCUACAGUUCUUUUGUGAAUCUCUUUCGUUUCUCUAAAGACGAUGGCCGGCUGGCUUCCUCAGCGGAGAGAUCAGAAACAGGGCAGGGCGACCAGCAGCCCCUGAAUGCAAACUGGCCAAGUCUGCAAGCUGCUUCAAGGGCACAGACCCUAAGAUCACCGGUGCCUUACAAAAAACAGAUUCCCGCGGAGCUGCAGAGAAGAUCUUCAGCAUCAUUAGACAGUCGAAGAAAAGAACCACUUCUCAGCAGUCAUGAUCCUCGCACAGCUGUUCAGCUCAGAAGCCUCACGACCGUCUUGAAACGGCUCAAAGAAAUCAUGGAAGGAAAAAGCCAGGACAGCGAUCUGAAGCAGUACUGGAUGCCAGACAGCCAGUGUAAGGAAUGUUAUGACUGCAGCGAGAAGUUUACCACUUUCAGGAGAAGACACCACUGCCGGUUAUGCGGACAGAUCUUCUGCAGCCGAUGCUGCAACCAGGAAAUCCCCGGGAAAUUCAUGGGUUACACAGGUGACCUCAGAGCGUGCACUUACUGCCGUAAAAUAGCCUUAAGCUAUGCUCACUCCACAGACAGCAACUCCAUCGGGGAAGAUCUGAGCGUUCUGUCCGAUUCUCCCAGUUGUGUGUCCGUGCUUGAUCCUGGGGAGCCACGGACUCCUGUCACGAGUAGGAAAGCGAGCCGCAACAUCUUUUUGGAAGAAGACGUCACCUGGCAAAGCUUGAUCCACCCAGAUUCUUCACCCACCCCUUUGUCAACACGCCUUGGAAUAGUUCAAGAGGAUGCGGGGAAAUCUCCUGCUCGGAACAGAUCGGGCAGCGUUACUAACCUGUCUCUGGACCGUUCGGGGCCGCCCCUGGUGCCUGCCUACGAGACCUCGGUCAGCCCGCAAGCAAACCGCACUUACGCAAAAGAGGCCAACGAGGACGAGCGCAAAAUUCUCCUGGACUCAGUCCAGUUGAAGGACCUGUGGAAGAAAAUCUGCCACCACAGCAGCGGGAUGGAGUUUCAGGAUCACCGCUAUUGGUUGCGGACGCAUCCCAACUGCAUUGUGGGAAAGGAGCUGGUGAAUUGGCUGAUGAGAAAUGGCCACAUCACUACGAGAGCUCAAGCCAUUGCGAUUGGGCAGGCCUUGGUGGACGGCCGCUGGUUGGAAUGCGUCAGCCAUCACGAUCAGAUCUUCCGAGAUGAAUAUGCGCUUUACAGACCUCUACAGAGCACAGAAUUUUCUGAAACCCCGUCUCCAGACAGUGAUUCUGUCAACUCCGUCGAAGGCCAUUCCGAACCUUCGUGGUUCAAAGACAUCAAGUUUGAUGACAGCGACACGGAGCAGAUUGCUGAAGAAGGAGACGAUACCUUGACCAAUUCCGCCAGCCCUAGCAAGCGUCCCUCAGUCAGCAGCUUCCAGUCUGCCAUGGACAGCGACUCCGCCGCUUCCAUCAGCCUGAAUGUGGAGCUGGACAACGUGAACUUCCAUAUCAAGAAGCACUCCAAGUACCCUCAUGUGCCCCCUCACCCUGCCGACCAGAAAGAGUACUUGAUUGCGGACAACGGAGGGCCACAGAUGAUCUCAAUAAGUGACGCAUUCAUCAAAGAAUCGUUGUUCAAUCGGAGGGUGGAAGAGAAAUCCAAGGAGCUUUUCUUCACCCCUUUGGGGUGGCACCACAGCAACCUCGACUUGCUGAGAGAGGAAAAUGGGGAAAAGCAAGCUAUGGAGAGACUGCUCUCGGCUAAUCACAACCACAUGUUGGGCCUGCUCCAGCAGCUGCUGUACAGUGAAUCCUUGUCCCUCUCCUGGAGGGACAUCAUUGUGCCUGUCGUCUGCCAAGUCGUUCAGACGGUCCGACCCGAUGUCAAGAACAGAGACGACGACAUGGACAUCCGCCAGUUCGUCCAUGUCAAGAAAAUUCCCGGCGGGAAAAAAUUUGACUCGAUGAUGGUGAAUGGUUUUGUGUGCACCAAGAACGUCGCUCAUAAGAAGAUGAAUUUCUGUAUUAAGAAUCCCAAAAUUCUUCUGUUGAAAUGUUCCAUUGAAUACCUCUACCGAGAAGAAACAAAGUUUACGUGUAUAGAUCCUAUAGUUCGUCAGGAGAGGGAGUUUUUAAAGAACUACGUCCAGCGGAUAGUGGAUGUCAGGCCCACCUUGGUUCUAGUUGAAAAAACGGUAGCCCACAUCGCCCAGGAACUGCUGCUGGAACAUGGCAUUACUUUAGUCACAAAUGUUAAGCCGCAAGUCUUGGACAGAAUAAGUCGGAUGACUCAGGGAGACUUGGUGAUGUCGAUGGAUCAGUUGUUGACCAAGCCACACUUGGGAACCUGCCAUAAAUUUUACAUACAGGUGUUCCAGUUGCCUAAUGAGCAAACCAAGACAUUGAUGUUUUUUGAAGGAUGUCCUCAGCACCUGGGCUGCACCAUCAAGCUGUGCGGUGCUGGCGAAUAUGAGCUGGCUCGAGUGAAGGAGAUCCUCAUCUUUAUGAUUUGCGUGGCUUACCAUUCCCAGCUGGAGAUCUCCUUCCUUAUGGACGAAUUUGCCAUGCCCCCGACAUCGGCCAGGAAUGGCUCCCUUCACUCUUCGUCUGAAAAGCAGGGAGAAGAAAACGGGUAUCAAAACUUGGUGAACAGAGAAAACGGCAUGAUGGUAAAAGAUGCAGAUGUCUUUUCUGACAAGCUGCCCGUCGUCUCGGAAUCUGUGUCCUCUGAUGACAUCAGCGCCUCGGAACAAAGGACUCUGAUGGAAGAGGAUGGUGGUGACGUGCAAGAGCUACCGCCUGUGGAUUCUUCAGCAGCAGUGUUCUCUCCGACACUGGGGCCAGAGCCACUCUUGGCCCUCCGCCUGGGGAUUUUAGAUGGCACUCAACUGGAGAGCCUGCAGGAUUUGGGUGGCCCCCAGGAGCCCAAAAGCCACACAAGAGUUUUUAGGGACCCCUUGCAAGAUGACACUGGGUUGUAUGUCACGGAAGAAGUGACCUCCUCAGAAGAUCGCCUCAAAUCCUUUUCCUUAGCCUUUAAGCAAGAGCUGCAGGAUAUCAUUCUCUGCAUUUCCCCCGUCCUCACCUUCCCAGAGCCCUUUCUGUUAACAGAGAGGGGCAUGAGGUGCCCUACCAGGGACUAUUUCCUGGAGCAAGUUUAUUUGUCUCCUCUCCUGAAUAAGGAAUACAAAGAGCUGGACAGCAGGAGGAAGAAGCAGCUGCUAAGGGACAUCUCUGGGCUGCAAUCCAUGAAUGGAAGCGCCCAGCCCAAGCCUGUUCAGAUCUUGCCGCCCCACGAAUUUGUCGUUAGCAGGAUCGCUGAGCCUCUGAGCAACAGCAAACAGCUGGCCACGGUUCUGUCCGACUACCGGGCCAGGGGAGGAAGGAUCGCCCAGAAGAGUUCGGAUCCGUUUGUUCAGUCGAAAGAGACCGCUGGUAUGAAAACAGAAGACGACGAUAGAGGUUUUGUGCAGAAUGAAUCUUUAUGGACUCAUAAAGUGGACUGCCUCAGCCCCCUCAACCACCAGAGGCUUUGCGUGCUCUUUAGCAGCUCUUCGACCCAGUCCAGCAACGCUCCAAGUGCCUGCGUCAGUCCAUGGAUCGUGACCAUGGAAUUCUAUGGGAAGAACGAUCUCACUUUGGGUGUGUUUCUUGAAAGGUAUUGCUUCAGGCCUUCUUACCAGUGCCCCAGCAUGUUCUGCGACACUCCGAUGGUGCACCACAUCCGCCGUUUUGUCCAUGGGCACGGCUGCGUGCAGAUCAUCCUGAAGGAGCUAGACUCCCCAGUGCCUGGCUACCAGCACACAAUCCUUACCUACUCCUGGUGCAGAAUAUGCAAGCAGGUAACACCGGUUGUCCCGCUUUCCAACGACUCCUGGUCUAUGUCGUUUGCCAAAUACCUCGAGCUCCGUUUCUACGGGCACCAAUACACUCGCAGAGCCAACGCGGAGCCCUGCGGCCACUCCAUACAUCACGACUAUCACCAGUACUUUUCAUACAAUCAGAUGGUGGCCUCUUUCAGUUAUUCUCCUAUCCGUUUGCUUGAGGUGUGUGUGCCGCAUCCCAAGAUCUGCAUCAAACACCGAGUUCCUCUCAAGGUUACCAUUCUUCAAGACCUGAAAGAUUUUUCUCAGAAGGUGGCCCUGGUGUACGUAGCUGUCGAUGAGCGCCUCACCUCUCUGAAAACGGAUACCUUUAGCAAAACGAGGGAGGAGAAGAUGGAGGAUCUCUUUGCCCAAAAGGAGAUGGAGGAAGUUGAAUUCCGGAACUGGAUUGAGAAAAUCCAAGCAAGGAUGCUCUCCGCAUCACUGGACACUCCUCAGCAGCUGCAGUCAGUCUUCGAAUCCUUGGUAACCAAAAAGCAAAACCUCUGUGAGGUGCUACAAGCCUGGAAUAGCAGGCUACAGGAUCUCUUCCAGCAAGAGAAAGGCAGGAAACGCCCCUCGGUACCCCCUAGUCCCGGAAGACUGAGGCAAGGUGAAGACAGCAAGAUCAGUGCAAUGGAUGCGUCGCCUCGUAAUGUUUCUCCAGCACUUCAAAACGGCGAUAAAGAGGACCGUUUUCUGACCACCUUGUCAAGUCAGAGCUCCACGACCUCCUCUCUCCUCCAGCUUCCCACCCCCCCUGAAGUUGUGUCGGACCAGCUCACUGGGGGGACCUCCUUUACCAACGCGCUCUCUGAACCAGAGACAACUAGCGGCUCUGAAGACACAUUUGAUGGACACUUGCUAGGCUCCAUGGACAGCCAGGUGAAAGAGAAAUCUACCAUGAAAGCGAUUCUAGCAAAUCUGUUACCCGGGAACAGCUACAAUCCCAUCCCAUCCCCUUUUGAGCCUGACAAGCAUUAUUUGAUGUAUGAGCACGAGCGUGUCCCCAUUGCAGUCUGCGAAAAAGAGCCCAGCUCCAUCAUUGCUUUUGCCCUCAGUUGCAAGGAAUACAGAAGCGCCUUAGAUGAACUGUCCAAAGCGUCUUUGAGAAGCAAUGCGGAAGAAGGACUUCAAACAAGCAGUCUGGCUGAGAGCCGAGUGAAGAACAGCAGCCCAGUCCGACUGCCUGAGACAAACGUGGGACCGUCAAACCAAACGGCAGAGGCAGAACAGCCGAAGAAGCCAUAUGGAGUCCUGUCCUUCUUUCGUGGCACGGGAGGGAAAAGCCCUGAUCUUUCUGCCCAGAAAAAGGAGACUUUGCGUGGCGCAGACAGCGCCUACUACCAGGUUGGGCAGACAGGCAAAGAAGGGGCGGAGAACCAGGGAGCAGAUGCUGCAGAUGAAGCAGAUGGAAACGAUGCACAGAAGAAACAGCUGGGAAAUCCACAUGUUGAGCUUCAAUUCUCUGAUGCGAAUGCCAAGUUCUACUGCCGGAUUUACUACGCGGGAGAGUUCCAUAAAAUGCGUGAAGUGAUACUUGGGAGCAGCGAAGAGGAUUUCAUCCGUUCUCUCUCUCACUCUUUGCCUUGGCAGGCCCGAGGAGGCAAAUCAGGGGCCGCUUUUUAUGUGACGGAAGAUGACCGUUUCAUCUUGAAGCAGAUGCCCCGCCUGGAGGUCCAGUCCUUUCUCGACUUUGCCCCACACUACUUCACGUACAUUACUAAUGCUGUACAACAUAAGAAACCAACAGCUUUGGCCAAGAUCCUUGGGGUGUAUCGGAUUGGUUUCAAGAACUCUCAGAACAACACGGAGAAGAAGCUCGACCUGCUGGUCAUGGAAAACCUUUUCUAUGGCAGGAAGAUGGCUCAGGUGUUUGACCUGAAGGGCUCCUUGCGGAACAGGAACGUCAAAACGGACACAGGGAAAGAGAGCUGCGACGUGGUGCUGCUGGACGAGAACCUCCUGAAGUUGGUGCGGGACAAUCCCUUGUACAUCCGUUCUCACUCGAAGGCGGUCCUGAGGGUUUCCAUCCACAGCGACUCCCACUUCCUCUCCAGCCAUCUCAUCAUCGAUUACUCUCUUCUGGUGGGCCGGGAUGACACCAGCGACGAGCUCGUAGUGGGGAUUAUUGAUUACAUCCGCACAUUUACUUGGGACAAAAAGCUUGAAAUGGUGGUUAAGUCGACAGGCAUUUUGGGAGGCCAAGGCAAAAUGCCAACUGUAGUUUCUCCAGAAUUGUACCGGACCAGGUUUUGUGAGGCAAUGGACAAGUAUUUUUUGAUGGUGCCGGAUCACUGGACAGGGCUGGGCGUGAAUUGUUAAGGUAAAGAACCUCUUGAGGAGACAUGGAAGAGAGACUUCUUCAGCUUUCCUUGACACUGUUGUCUUCAGGAGCAGCGAAAGGAAUUUCAGCCUGCACAGAACUGUUAUGUUUGAAUCCACGUUUGGAACUUGGACGCUGAAAUGUUAACGGAAGAGCUGCUGUCAGAACUGCUUAGGAUCAGAUUGUACCUUCUCAUGGGCAUGCCGGAAAUGCUCCCAUCGAACAGGAAGCCAUAAGGGGAAUGUUUUUCCACAGGCUACUGUAAACUGUGGGAUCCCUGGUCUCAAAUCCCGGCCUGUUCUUAGUAGUGACUUGCAUUAGAAGUCUUACAUAUUUUACACAGUGGGUCAGUGUAAAAUCCCAAGUGAAUAUUGCGGGCCCCGUGUGAAGAUUGCUGCGGAAGAGAUUGGCUUAAGGUGAGGAAGACGAGCCAUUUCUUAACGCAGCAGCGUCUUGCCACUGUGGUGACGGGGAGCGUGAGCAUGAUUGUGUAACUUGCUCUGUUUUGCACUGAUGUCCUUUUACAGGUUUCCAUGUGAUAGGGAAUUUUAGUCAUUUACAGAUACACCAUUUUGUCAUUUGGAGCACUGCUUUUCUUUUAAAGGUACCAUACUUCUUAAUGUGGUCAGAUAUUUUAUUCCAGGCCCACUUGUCCCCAUAGCAAAUGGAUUUGCCCUGUUUCAAACUGGCUUGCGUGCACAUAACACAGACACACACACACACACACACAGAUCCUCGGCCUACAAGCACACUUUCUCGGAGGGAAGCCCCUCGACUGAGCUGAGGACUCCAGGAGGCCUGUCUUGAGGGCAACCCCUAACCGUCACCAUAACACACCACAGCCCUGUUCCUCGUGCUUGUUACCAUCCGAGGGACACUUGGCUGUCUUUGGGAUGACAAACGUUUUGGUUCCGGAGCAACCCACUAAGUUUUCAUUCAAGUAAUGCUGGUCUCGACAUGCCAUUCCUGCCUACUUGAUUCCUUUUCAUUUCAUUACUGGGUUAAGUAUUACAUUCCUCAGAUCUCUCUUUUUGAAAACAAACCAGGCCGUUGUGCAAUACUUUGCUGUAGCCACACAAGACACCGAUUUCCAGUUUUCUGUUGGUGCUCUAAACUUCAACUAAACCAAGGUGGUGUAUGUUAUCAUAAAUCAGGUAUGUGAGGAUUUGGGGCGUCUUUGCAACCCGAAAGUCUCUUUUUUUAAAUAUGAAAAGUUUAUUGUUUGAACUUAAUAAAGGCCAGUACGAGUGAGAGUGUUUGCAUUUAAGAAGGUGUGACUUUCUCUUUUAAUAGCUAGACACGGAGAGGGAUCAUUGGGUGAAGCCACAAGCACUGAGACUGACCGUGCAAUCCUGAAUCCAUUCGCUUCAGUGGGUGCAACUCUUUUUUGGGAUCGCACUGUAAUUCCCGCUUACUGCAAUAGGGAAAUCCUAAGCCUGCAUUAUGAAUAGUUUUUAAUGGUUCUUCGGGCCCUUCGACCAUUCUCAUGCUAACUUUCAAGAGAACCUCCACCUCUAAAGAUAGGACACAGUUGCAGCAUUUAAAAUGGGCGGAGCUUUCUAUUGAAAACUGAGAAGCUGCCUGAAUCUUUCUCGAACCGGAUGGCUGGCAUUAGCCCCCAUCCAACAGGAAACAUGAGACUUGCAUGGCUAGGUAUAUUUGUUCUGAUCUGGAGACGUUUGAAACGCAUCAUUUAAGCACCAGGUCAUUGUUUCAAGAAUACACGUUGGCCUUGUUUUUCAGGGUGUACAUGGGAAAGAGUCCUGUUAUUUUAAUCCAUUCAGAUCUGCAGUGUUUGAAGUUUCUUUAUGAAACCAGCUUGAUCUCAGUCAGGUGUUGCAGCAGAACGUUGCCACCUUCCGUUCGUUCCCUUUCUUUUCAGCUCCUUAGGCAUACUCUUUAAUUAAGGAAAAUAUCCACACGAGUGUGUGUUGAUUAGCAAUGUUUAACCUUCAGCUGAUUUAAAGCAUGGAUUGUAACAGAGUUGCUGCGUGGAUUUGAGAAGGGAGGUUCGAUAUGCUGCUUUCCCUAGAAUUGCUGCUUAUGAGCCUUCGGGCCAUUGUUUCCAGUACUUGAAGGUGAAAUGAUUUGUGUUCUACACUGGUUAUGAAGGGGGCACAUAGGUAUAAAUCACAGCUUUUUCUUUCAAACCUGCAUGCUUGGCAACUGGAAAGGAUCCUGCCUACUGAUGUUCUGGAAGAAAAUGGCUUGAUUUCUACAGCUUGGGGUCCUGUAUUGCCGUGAAGUUAGUGAUACAUUCAUUUGGCUAAUUUCUGCCUUGCACUGCACGGUUGGAUUGUCUGAAGAGCUAAACUGCUGAUUUAAUGCUCCUUGAAUGCAGGAGGGCAAUAGUCCCCUGUCUCUUGGAAAUGGCAGCUCAGAUGUUUUCCUAGAUGCAAAGAAUCCAUUGCCUUGAGACACUUCAGCCUCUUUUUAAAACUUCUGUCUCUUUCUUAAACCUUGGCCAGCUAAAGCCACUGACGUGUCUUCCAUGGCCUGCUCCUCUGUUCUCCAAAGUAAACUCAGUGGGCUUUGAAAGAGCCACAACGCCUGAAGCAUCAGUCUUUCAUUUUUCAGCUGUUAGCAAAUAAUAUAAUGAUGCUGUGCUUGCCUACAAUUUCAGACAUGAAAGUUCCGUAUUUUCAAAACAAGAUACAGAUUUUUCAGGACAGGUUGAUGGGUGCAGCAGAACGAGGUGGAGGAAGCAGUAGAAUGGAUUGUAACACUUCAAAGAGCAGGUGGGAAUGACAUUUUCCAAUAUUUCCUAAUGUACAAAAACUCCUUGCAACCAAAAAUGAACUUACUGGGGGGGGGGAUAGCUUAUUAGCCCCUCUUUCUCUGUUCUGGGUUUGUUUGCAUUUGGAUCGUAUCCCGACCGUUCGCUCACAGAUUGGCUGAUUCCGCACAGGUUGGAUAAUGCACUUUCAAUGCACUUUAUCAUUUGAGGUGGAUUUUUUGUUCCGCACACAAAAAAAUCCGUUCCAAAUGAUCUAUAAAGAGGAUUGGAAGUGCAUUAUCCAACGUGUGCGGAAUCGCUCAUAAUUUCAUUUUACCACUUCAUUCUGCUGCAUGUUGAGAACAACCACAAGAGGAUAAAUCCUUGGUUGGUUUGUGGCCUGUUUAGUUUCUUUGACAUACGCUACUUUACUGAAACCAGUGGGGAUUUGUUCCCCAAAUAAGACAAAUAUGGUGAAGGUCUGUAUAUAGGCUUGAGAUGAGUGGUCAGUGGGAUUAACACUGGAAACAUUACAGCUAGGUAAGAAAUACUUCUGUUUCUUAUUAAACAGCCUACCCACAUAUGUUGCAGAUGCUACCCGGAGGAUAUGACUUGGGGCUUUGCAUCAAAGGAACAGACUUGAAAGUAUAGCAAGUUUUGUAGUGUGUUUUUCUUCUGAACAGCUAGCUUUUAAUAUUGCUGUUUUGUAUAAAAUGCUUUAAAUUCUAACUUCCACUUUCUAGAAAGCAAUAAGUAUCAUUCACCUGAGCUGUUGACAUCUGAAACCUGUAGAGCCAGAUAUCAAAAUUGGACCGGCCAUGUAGAAGCUCUUGAUUUUGCGCAGUAGAAGUUUCCUCUAACACAGUAUUCUAAAAGCACAUAAUGAAGACAGUAUUCAUGUGCGGUGUAUUUUUUUAUUUUAUUGUACAGAUAACUACAUGUGAGUUGUAUAAUUAGUAAGAAAGUUUUUACGUUUGCGGAACAGAUACGCUCUAAUAAGCGUUUUUUCAUGGGGAGGGGUGGAGAAUCUGUUAUUUUGAUCUAAUUAUGGAAAAUGCCAGUAUAUUUUUGUGCUUGCGUACUUGUAUAGCUCAGUCGGGAGUCCCUGCUCCUCACAUACUGUGGCCCUGUAGUCUUGCUUUUAGGUUGGACGGGGGAUGCCACAUAAUGGAAACGACAAGAAUAAAACCUUGUUUAAAAUGCUACAGACCAGACCUAAACCAUGUCAAAGCACUUAUUUUAUGUACAUAAUGUGUAUAUUUCUUAUGUGUUGAAUGUAUUUUUUUAAUGAUCAUGACAUGCUCAACUAUUUAAGAUAAAUUACCUUGGUUACUAAACUGUAUAUAGCUGGGGGGGAAAUAAAGUA